AUGACUUUCAUCCUUAAAACCAUAGGCGAAAUGCUGAAUAUAGGUGGAAACCAGCAAAAACAGCCUAAGGAAGAGAAUACUAAAGCAAUUAACUUAGCAAAGCUGGAAGAAUCCGAAAAUUCAUUAAGCACCCCUUAUUCAACUCGGCUUGUUGAGCUGUCUGGAUUUGCCAAUAAUCCUAUUUUGAGAUUAUUUACUGAUAAAAAUCAAAAUAUGGAGAUUUUGAAGCCAGCAGAACAAACAUUUUUCGAAGAUCAUUUACAAGAAAUUUUUUUCAAGCAUGAAUUCGAUAAAUUACCUCAAGGAUUUGUAUCUGACGAGAAAGUAAUGGAAUUUCCCACACAUAUUUUAGCAGAAACAGCAUAUAAUUCAAAACCAUGUUUGUUCCAAGAUUUUCCUAAUGAAUUUAAUCAGAAAAAGCAUUCAAUAGUCUUACUAAAGAACACCAAACUCCCUAAAAACGAUCAUUUCAUUGAGCCAUUGAUUUGCACUGCUUAUUUAGUAAUUGAUGACAAAAUUGACUCGGAGCCAUGGCACUUUAUACCAAACGAAACAUUCAACAUGUACAAAGCUAGAAGCGAAAACAUUAUUACUAAUGAAAAAGCUGGCUUCAUUUUGAAUGGAACCCCUCAAAAUUCCGGAAUUUUAGUAAUUAUUUCACGUAUUCUUCAGGUAAACAACGGCGAUGCCGUCAACGAUUACUAUUUCAAGCCAAACGAAAAGAACUUGGCUUUAGCAAAAGAAUCCGUUGCAAAUGUUUUCGGACGCCUUAAAGAUAUUUACUCUCCGUUCGCAUAUACAUACGCCAAUAUCGGUUCUAUUGCAGAGCAAAAGGAUGGAAUCGAUCUUCCCCAACCAUUUUUGCUGAAAAAGAUGUUUGCGGAUUCAGAUGUACCUGAACUGAUCAAGAGAAUGAAAGAAAAAGGUAACCCACAGAUCCCUAUCAACAUACAUAUGCAUGCUACGUUCGCACAAAACGAACAACCUCAGAGAAUUGUUUCAAAUGAUUAUAAUUUCAUCCACCCUGUUGAUUACGAUGAUACUGUUCCUUGCACCAUAUUCAGACAUGAAUUGAAUGUCAAGAUCCAGACAAUCAUGCUCAAAUUACCUCCAAAAGUUAAAGGAAGGAAUAUUAUCUGCGUUCUUUCAAUGACGAACGGCAAACUUGAGCCAGGAACAAUACAAAACCCAAAGGUAACAGAUAAAGCCGAAAGAAACCUUUUCACGAGCACAAUUUGUUAUUAUCAUGAAACGAAACCAGUUCUUAACGAAACUAUUACGAUUUCAUUACCACCAAUCCUAGAUCCCGAUGCAAGCCUCAGAAUCGACCUCUACCAUGCAAUUGCUCAGACAUCUUACGAGCGCUGGUCAGAAAUCGGCUGGUGCGAGCUCCCUCUUGCGAACAAAGACGGUCAAUACAUUGCUGAAGGCGUACAAGACCUCCCCGUCAUCUACAAUGGCCAAUCCGAUAAAGUUCCGAUUGAUCAAAAUCAUGUUACAGUGGAAGUCUCAACGAGAUCGUUAAUUAUGCCACCGGAUACAACACUAAACCAGUUCAUUAAUAACAAGGGAUCAGUAUCACUCGCAAACGUCGACAGAAAGCUUGUUAAGAGAUAUCUUUUAAUAAUCUUAGACGUUAUCUUCACGAACUUCAACGAUAACCCUGAUUUCUUCCUCGACCAGUUAUUCCUCAUCACAGAGAUGAUCUCCCCAAUCUUCCCAGCCAUGGAUUCCUUCAUGAACAGAUACGCAAUGGAAUUCAGUAAAACCGUUGAUUUGGACAUUUUGUUGACAUCGUACGGAAAACACUUCGAGAAGAGCGGUGGCGAGAAAGUGAACACUAAGAUCAAUGUCAUCAACUGCGAUAUGCUUUUCUUGAUCGCAACCAAAUCGUGCAUCCAAAACAAAGACAAAAAAGAUAUAAGUGAUGUUUUGAUUGAAUUGUCAAAAUCAAUCGCAAAUUUCGCAGCAAAAACGGUUAAAAACGGUUUGAAUGCUGCCUCUGAUUUACUCAACUCCCUUGCGAGAUUCUUAGUUGCACUCUGCUCUAUAGGAAUGGUCUCCAAAGUCUGUGAAGCAAUAGACGCAGUGUUCGAGGAAUUGACUAAAAAUAUGUGGAAAGGUGACACUGAUUGCCACUCAAUUCUGGCACGUUUCCUUGAUUCAGUCUGGUGUCCGAAGUUCUACAAGAGUGACAACGAAACACCCCACAUUUUCCUAAAAAUGUUGAUACAAAAAAUGACAAUUAAAACUGUCGAAAAAUGUGUCAAAUUUGCCACAGAAAACAGUGAUUCCUUACCUAUGCAAGACAUUUAUUUCACAUUUUUGACGAUGAUUUCAUCAUUCAAUCGCCAAGAAUGUCGAAAAAUGGCUAAACUCCUCAAAUCCUGUUUGACUUAUUUGAAUCCUUUGUCCAAACUACCUUUCGCAAACACAAGUGAGUCAUACUACGCCAUCCUGUUCUCCGUUUUCUUAUUGGAUAACAUGGAAAGCGAUGUUUUCUCAGAAUGGUUCAAGACAUUUGAAAAUAAGCCGGCACUUUUUGAGUCACUUCACUUUUUGAUAGAAAACUCAUCAUCCAAGCGCAAAUUCACUGAUUUAGGCAGUGGCACUGUUGACAGGAUGAACAACCUUGAGAAACUUGAGAGGCAAUACAACAAUUCUUCAGCAAAUUCUGCAACAAAAGAAAAAACUGAAGGACAGAGAUCAUUUAAGAAAUUGAAGAAACUGCCACCCGCUUAUUCGAAUGACGACAUCAAACUUCUGUCGGAAACACCAGAUCCCAAUGGUUCUAUACUCCAUCAGAACGAAAUGGAAAUAUCUGCUUCUCCUCUGAUGCAAAGCGAUUUAAGUGGUGAAUCAAUUGCAAAAAGUGACAACGCAACAAAAGUUGAAUUACCACCAAAAGCAGAGUCAUUACCAAACACAGCACCUGCUGAAGAGAAGACUCGUUCUGGCAGUGUUUAUAUAAGAAAUGACAAAGGCAGCAGUUUCUACAUCAAAGGAAAAAUGAACCCUCCAAAAGACGUAAUUUCCGCUGAAAUUGAAAAAAGAAUCAUUGCUGCUUGCCAUAAAAGUGUCAUCAACACAUUGAACUUGCUGAUUGAAGUCAUCGAUGAUGAGCACUUGAGUGACAUGAGUCUUUGCGUGUACCAUCUUUUGUGCACUGAUGUUGUUGUUCAGGCAAUUCCUUCAAUGAUUGAAGUUGUCAUGAAACUUAUCAACAAAAAGACAAAAAUAAUGUUCGAACAAAGUGUUCCUCCCCUUGCAAAGUUUGUCGCAAGAAUCAUCGAGCUAUCUGUCUACUUCCCUAACGCUUACAAGAUCGUAGAAGAAAUCUUCGAAAGCGAUUUGGAAAACUACAAAUCAAACGAUAGAUCAAAUUGUAUCGUUUGCAGAGCUUUGCCUUUAAUUCAAAAAGUGACAGAUUCUGACAUUGACAAACUUACUUCUACUAAACCUUCAGGAAAAAAGUUCAAAGCUCUUCUCAAGGAGUAUUUCACAGGAGGUUUCGAACAAAAUAAUGAAGAAAAAGGUGACAUUUUAUACACGAGAGCAUUGAUUGUUAGGUAUUCACCUGAUGCUCAGUAUUUAGCACUGAAAGAGUUAGCGGAACAUCAUCACAAGUACGACUAUUUCGCAGAAGAAAUACAAGUCAAGUCGAUGAUGCUUUGCGUUCUUGCAGAAAACUUAUCAUUGAAGAGCAAAAUCAAGAAUGUUUUCGGAUCAUCGAACUUCAAAUCCAUUUGCCAGAAUUACAACGACAUCAAGUGUAAUUACAAGGAAGAUUUGAAGAUCAAUGGAUUCUGCGAUUCUCCUUUCUUCUGCAUCUCUUCCAUUGUCAACUUGGCAACUGAAAUAAUCACAGUUGCAAACGACAAAACAUACUACGAAGUCGCAAUUGCAGUUUCAGAAUACGUUGUUCCGAUUUUGGAAAGUGACAUUUUCUUUGGUGCUGCAUCGAAUCUCAUCAAACUCGCACAGACAGCGUCGCAGAAACUGGCUGCUUGCAAACCAGGAGAACUCAGACUGUUCGGAAGAUACUACAGAGUUAGAUUCUUCGGUGCAAAACUUGGAAAACAAGAUGGACAAACUUAUAUCUACAGAGAAAAACUGUUGACGAAUGUUUACAAUCUCGCGAACAGAUUGAAUGAUGAAUAUUCGAAGAAAUACGGUGCUGUAGAGACAAUCAUGGAAUCCAGUAAAGUAGUUCAGUCCAAACUUGACAAGAACAAGAUCUAUAUACAGCCAACAUCUGUUGAAGCUUUGAUUGAUGAGUCAGAAAUGAGAUACAGAAAAACUGAUUUCGAGAAAAAUGACAAUUUGAUGAAGUUCUAUUUGGACAUUCCUUUCACGAAAGAUGGUAAAUCACAAGGAAAUGUCGCGACACAAUGCUUGAGAAGAGUCAUUUUCACACCAAAGACUGCAAUGCCUUGUGCAACUAAAAGAGUUUUGGUUGAAAGAGUCGAAGAAAUCGAGUACAGUCCAAUCCAAGUUACUUGCAAUUCUUUGAGCGCAAGAGUUGCAAUGCUGAAGAAUGCAAUACAGGCUGCCGAUUACCAGACUGUGCAGCAAUUGUUGCACGGUAAUCUCAUGGUGCAAGUCAACGAAGGUCCAUCUAAAAUGGCUGAAGUUUUCCUCAAUGAUGGACAGAAAGGACAGUACUACGACAAGUUGAGAGAGAUUUUCAGAGAUUUCUUGAAGACAAACCAGGAAGGACUCAAAUUGCACGCUAAAUAUAUCUUGUCAAAGCCAAUUUUCACAAUGAUGCAGCACGAGUUAGAAGCAGGUUAUGAAACUCUCGAAUUCAAGCUCAAACCUUAUUUGGGAGCUUAA